GUUAAAAUGGAUUCUGGUGAAUUCGGAGUUGUGAAGGAACUUCUUUUACAAGUGAUGGCGAGUGAUAAUGAGGUUAGAAGAGAAGCUGAAAACAAAUUAACACAAGUGAGGCAGGCUAACUUUGACAAAUACUUUGCCUACAUGGUCACAGGGUUUGCAGAUCAGGGGGUUGACCUUAGGGCCAGAGCCAUGGCACUUAUUUUGCUCAGGAGAGAUAUCCUUGAGAAUAAUCAUGAAGAGCCAAGUGUAUGGAGCAAGCUUACUGGCGAGACUAGAGAAUAUAUCAAGGCUCAGAUUUUAGAAGUUCUAGCAAAUGAGACUGAUCCUCUGAUUGUUAACAAGAUAGCGGAAUUUGCUGCGAAAAUAGCCAUCGCCAUCAAUGAUGUCAAUUACAAUGAUAUUUGGCUAGACCUAUUUAAUCUCUGCAAAAGGCUGAUUAGUGAAGGAAAUGAAACCCAAACCAAAGCAGGGUUGGUUGUGUAUGCUGAAGCAAUGAAUGGCUUGAGUAAUGAGAUCGUUGUAAACGAUGCUGACUUAUAUGCCAUGUUCGAAGUGACCCUCAAGAACGAGAACAUUGAGAUUUCUCUUGCAUCUCUAAAAGCAAUCCGACAAUUUCUGACAACAGUUAUGCCAAAGCAUGCUAUACGCUUUGUUGGAUUACUUGGAGAUAUGGUCAACAUCUCAGUGAGGGCCAUCAAGAGUUGAGAGUACAAAGUCUUAGAGGAAUCAAUGGAGGUCUUAAUAGCAAUAAUAGAGGCUGAACCUAAGUUCUUCCUGAAUGACUUCCCAGAUCUCCUCCAAGUCUUCACUUCUAUCUCUGAGCAGAGUCAACAUUUGAACGAGACUCUCAAGAAGCUUCCAGUAGAGCUGCUAAUAUCAAUUGUAGAGAGGGAUUCAAGCCUGCUUACGAGGAAUGAAGAUUACUUAAAGCAAAUACUUGACCUGACAUUUACUCUUAUUUUAGAAGAAGCAGAAAGCGACACGAUCGUUUUUGGACGAAAAUUCAUGGAUAGGCUCUGUAGUUGUGCUAGCGCGGAAUACAUUCUAGCACCCAUCUGCACUCUUGUCAAACAAGCUGUUGACCAUAAAGACUGGAAGCAAAAGCAAGCAGGGCUUAAUGCUUUCUCUCAGAUUGGUGAAUAUGUAUCUGAAAUUGAACAAAUCAGCGAAAUGAUUCCAACCGUUAUCGAGCAUUGUAAGCAUGAGCAUCCAAAAGUAAGACAUGCAGCAGUACAUUGCUUGGGACAAUUCGCAACCGAUCUGAAGCAUCAACUGACUGAAAACUAUCAUGAGGCUAUAAUCCCUACUCUAUACGAAGCAAUGAAUGAUAAGGUUAAUAGAGUAAAAGCUCAUGCUUCUGGAUGAAUGUCUAACUUUUUAGAGAAUGCUUCUCAAGAAAUUGGACUUAAAUACUGUGAGGGGCUUCUUGGACAUCUCUUUAAAUUAAUUAAGAGUGAAUCUGGCUACUUAGCUGCAAAUGCAGUCACAUGAAUUGCAUCUCUUGCUCAGUCAUGAGACCAGGAGUUCAAUGCUUAUUUUGACUCUUUCUGUAAUGAACUUCUCCCAAUUAUUACUCAAAAAGUUCCUAAAGAUUUCAGGAGGUUCAAAGGUCAGGCUAUAGAGAGCCUUACUAUUUCAGCUGUGUGCAUUGGCCUUGAUAAUUUUAGAUUUCAUUCUGAAAAAGUGGCCAAGGCCUUGAUCCUCAUACUCAAGAACCACCUAGAUGAAAUUGGCGAUCCCCAAAGGAAAUAUAUUCUUGGGGGAUUUCAAAGGCUUGCUUUAAUUAUGGAAAAAGAGUUUGCUCCUAUAUUACCUGAAAUAAUGCCAGAUAUUCUUAAAAUGGCUUCUCUUUAUCCUAAGUUUCGAUCUACAUUAAAAGUACCAAAUAUUUCUGAAAAUUAUGACGAAGACCAAGAUCUAAUGAAUGAGGACACAAACCCAGAUGAGUCAGAUGAGAUUGAAGAAAUAGACAUAAUAACCCAAAUUCUUUGUGUGUUUAUUGAUGAGCUUAAAGAGCUCUAUGCUCCAUACAUAGAACAAACUUCUGAGCUAUUUGUUUCUCUUUCAACGUUCAGUCAUUCUGAUAAAGUUAGACAGAAUGCAUCUGAGUGCUUGCCGAAAAUUCUAAAGAUCGUCAAGAAAUGAGAGAAUGAAAAUAUGAGAGCCCAGUUAUAUGGAGAAAAAUUUAUUGACAUUCUUUAUGGAAAUCUAAAAAUAGAAGGAAAUGUCUCUGUUAUGAAGUAUCAGAUUAACGCAAUCAAGGACUGUAUUGAUGAAGUUGGAGAUUUUCUAAGCGAAGACCAAAUUAACCAAAUGAGCGAAGUAUUGGUCGAAAUGAUCUCAAAAUCUGACCGCAGAAAGGAUCUCAACAACAAAUUUCAUAAUGAGAACGGGCAAGGAGAAAGUGAAAUUGAUGAAAUGAAUAGAGGAUUUUUAGAUGAAGAAAAUCAAGAAGAAGAUGAUCUUCAGAUCUCGAUUAGUGAAACAUUCGGAGUUAUUUUCAAAACUCAUAAGAACAAAUGUGGGGUCUUGGCUUCAAACCUACUAAGCGAUCUUGUAUCAUCUUAUAUUGAUGAGAAUGCUUCAUUUGCUAAGCAGAAAUUUGGAGUUUACUUGAUUUGUGAUGCUGUUGAGUACCUAGGACCAGAUAUUCUAGGAACUAAAUAUCAAGAUUGUUUGAGUACUUUUGUUAGAUUAUCAAAAUCAACAGAUCCCCUAGUCAGACAUGGAAGCGUUUAUGGGCUUGGAGUUUCUUCCAUCACAGGAGGAGAUCUAUUUGCUCAAUAUUCUGUGGAUGCUCUUGAAAUUCUUAAAGAAGCCAUCGAAAUGGAGCCAGGAUCUCAAGAUAUUUCAUAUUACAACCAUGCUCGAGAUAAUGCAGUCUCUGCUUUCGCAAAAAUAUUAAAAUAUCAGCAUGCACCUAUUGACACAGAAGCUGCAUUUGAAUAUUUACUCCAACACGUCCCACUAAGACACGAUAUGAUUGAAUCCAAACUCACCACCAACUUCAUAAUCGACACAGCCCUAAACAACCCUACCCUAUUCACCAGCAACGACCACCAAAACACCCCUCAGCUCAUCACUUUCAUCCAAAACCUCUCCACCUCCAGCCUCGCCUCCACCACUCUAACCAACCUCCAACUCCUCCUCUCCUCCCUCUCCUCCGACCCAACAGCCCACAGGCUGCUCUCUGACGCAAACAUCUCCUUACCGCUCCAGCACCCUUAA